UCUCUCUCUCUCUCUCUCUACUAUGAAUACCUUCUGGUUCAAUCGUUCGAGAGUAAGGUAAGGACCCGGGGAAUCUCCCUUUUCUGCGAUUUGCAGAUUACAAGUCAGGAAGCACGGGAGUCGACUGAUUCCCGACGCGCGGAGCUUGUGCAUCGACAGAGUCACUUCCCAAGACUGGAAAAAAGAAGGGCUAAUUAGAUACGGAAAAGACUUUACUCCGCGGCGUGUCUCCUUUAGCACGACCCGUCCCCAUCGCAAGUCGGUCUCGUGAUGGCCUUCUCGUGGACUUGCCACUGCAUUGGUGAACCAGAGCAUGUGGACUCAGCGAGAAAGAGAGGGACAGAGAGGGAGGGGGCCCUGCUUGGGAUUUGCAGAGGCGCAUCUCCUUUUGCAGGUCGAAUUAUUGGCCGGAGGCCCUUUUGCUUCUGACCUCAAACAUGUGACCAAAGCUCUCUCUCUCUCUCUCUCUCUCUCUCUCCAAUGACCGUGUUUUAUUUCAUUGUUACCGUAUCAGCUUACCAUCUCAUCUUAUAGAACCAGCGUUCAUGCACGCUAAUCUUCUUUUCCCAAUGCCUAUAAACAUCAAGGGGGUUGCAUGCGACCCCAAGGACACAACACAAUCAUUCAAACACUCUCGUCCAAAGUCUCCCUCUCUCUCUCAGUUGCUCAACAUGAAAUGCAUAGCAUCCUUCGCUCUCCUUGCCUUGUUCUUCCUCUCCUUCUCCGGCCUCUUUCAUUCUGGGUCCGGGGCCAAGUGCGCUGCCAACGGCCCGACGGUGAAGCAGACUCAAGUUGGAUUCGGAGAUCCUCCUAAGUUCAGGGUCGAAGUGCAGAACAACUGCCCCAUGUGUCCGGUAAUCAACGUGCACGUCGAAUGUGGGAGCUUCAAUCAGUCCUUGGUUAGCCCGAGGCUGCUCAAGGUGGUGGAUCGCAACGACUGCGUGGUCGGCGGGGGCUUGCCAUUGCCACCCCUCCAAAAGCUCUCCUUCACCUAUUCACAUUCCAAGUAUUCUUUGAACCCUAGUUCUUGGGAUUUCCAAUGCGAGUGAGGCUUAGACUCAAUCUGUAUCUCUCUUGUUAUAGUGGAAUAUAAUCAGGCGUGGGGAAAAUCCCUCCAAAAAUUCCUUCUAA